AUGGGAAACAACAUGGAUAUUCCAGAUUUGGCUAUUGAGAUCUUGCACCAAGGAACCCAAAAGGACUUGGAGAAAUUUUUCGGGUGGCUUGGAGGAUUUGACUUCAAAGAGGCAAAUGGUCUGAAAAUUAAACACAUGGGGGAUAAGAAGGAUCAUUGGGAACCUCCUCCUAUGGGCUUUUACACCAUUAAUGUGGAUGGUGCUAUCCCUUUGACCAAUGGACAUUCAGGAAUUGGAGUUGUAGUUCGAGAUAGUGAUAAUAGAUUUGUAGCAGCCAUGUCUUUGCCCCUCCAAGGAAGAUAUUCUAUUAAGGAAACUGAGGCAGCUACAGUGGACCAGGGAUGUGUGCAGGCAAAAAAGCUUGGCCUAGAAAGAGUUAUCACAGAGAGCGACUCUCUCUUGACUGUCCAAGCUAUUGAAGCUAAUCAUGUUAGAGGAGUUGUUGGCCACUUUGUGAAAGGCAUUGUGCAAAGUUUAUGCAAUUUCCAGGAUUCAAAAAUCAGACACAUUAAUAGGACUAGCAACAAAAUAGCCUAUGAACUAGCUUAG